AACACCGACGGGACCAUGUUGACUCUGCUGACUUCCAUGUACCUGGUGGUGCGGGCGGUUUCCUCACGGGCUGAACCAAUCCGUGUUGUGGUGACCGGCGCUGCAGGUCAGAUCGCCUACUCCCUGCUGUACAGCAUCGCCAAGGGAGAUGUGUUUGGGACGGACCAGCCAAUCAUCUUGAUGCUUCUGGACAUCCCCCCCAUGCUGCCAGUGCUGGAGGGAGUCGUCAUGGAGCUGCAGGACUGUGCCCUCCCACUGCUGAGAGAUGUGAUUCCUACAGACAAGGUGGAUGUGGGCUUCAAGGACGUGGACGCCGCCAUCUUGGUAGGCUCCAUGCCAAGGAAGGAAGGGAUGGAGAGGAAGGACCUGCUGAAGGCCAACGUGGCCAUCUUCAAGACACAGGGUGCCGCGCUGGACCAGCACGCCAAAAAGACUGUCAGGGUUCUGGUUGUUGGAAACCCAGCAAACACUAACUGUCUGAUUGCCUCCAAGUCUGCUCCAUCCAUCCCUAAAGAGAACUUCUCCUGCCUGACCCGCCUGGACCACAACAGAGCAUCCUCCCAGGUGGCGAUGCGUUGUAGUGUUUCAUCUGACAAUGUGAAGAAUGUCAUCAUCUGGGGAAAUCACUCCUCCACCCAGUACCCCGACGUCCACCAUGCCAAGGUCAACGUCAACGGCUCAGAGAUGAGCGCCUACGAUGCGGUGAAGAAUGAAGCCUGGCUCAGAGGAGACUUCAUCUCUACAGUGCAGCAGCGCGGUGCAGCCGUCAUCAAGGCCAGGAAGCUGUCCAGCGCCAUGUCUGCUGCCAAGGCCAUCUGCGACCACAUGAGGGACAUCUGGUUCGGCACCAAGGAGGGUGAGUUCAUCUCCAUGGGCGUGUACGCCAAAGGAAACUCCUACGGCAUCCCAGAGGACCUCAUCUAUUCCUUCCCCGUGCAGAUCAAGAACAAGACCUGGAAAAUGGUCGGCGGACUCUCCAUCAACGACUUCUCCCGUGCCAAGAUGGAUGCUACAGCUGCCGAGCUGGUGGAGGAGCGAGACACUGCCCUGGAACUCCUGUCCCAGUGACUGUCGCCCCCUGUUGGCCAGCAGAAGCACUCGGGCGCCCUGAAGGCUUGCUGCUCACGGCUCUGAAGAAGAAACCUCCCACUCUUAUAAACCGUCCCAGCUGCCAUCUGUGUCUCACCUGUGUGUGUGUGUAUGUGUGUAAGAGUGUGGCGUGUGUGUGUAAGGCCACUUCUUCAGGUUUUCAGAAAACCUGUUUAAAGACCACAACCUGGCCUCUUCCUCCUCCUCUUCAGUCUGCAAGACAUCAAGAGAAUGUCCUGUUGGUAGAUGAGAUCACACUAGCUGUCCAGAAACUGUAACAGAACAAAUUAUCACCAAUAAAACAAUAAGGAAACUUAAA